CAAAUGUUGGCGCAUAAAUGGAAUGCCCGAAUAAGCUUACGCGCUCUGGGGAGGAAUUGGAGGAGUUAACUAACCUCAUCAAGAGGAAUAAAUCGGACGAUGUAAACUCGCUGGUAUUUUACAAUCAGGAUGGACGUCCUAAUUCUAUGUUAACAGUUGAGCCUCUAGAACCUGAAAAAAGCAGUUAUUACGUUUUUCUCAAAUACCACACUUGCUAUGAUCUACUCCCCGAAAGCGCCAAGCUUGUUGUUCUAGAUACAAAACUGAGCAUCAAAAAAGCGUUUUAUGCACUCAUAUAUAACAAUGUUCGAGCUGCUAUACUAUGGGAUUCAUCCAAACAGAGUUAUUCAGGAAUUCUAACGAUAACUGACUUUAUCAAGGUUUUAGUCACUUUAUAUCCUCCUGAUAGUGGAAAAAUGGAUGAAUUUGAAGAAAGUUCCAUUUCCAGUUGGAGAGAAAUCAAUACAAAUUUCACUACAAUCCCAUUAGUUCAUGUUACACCUGAAUGUUCAUUAUUGGAUGCAUCAAAAAUGUUAUUACAAUAUCGUUUUCAUCGUUUACCUAUUAUUGAUACAUUACAUGGCAAUGCAUUACAUAUUUUAACCCAUAAACGAAUAUUAAAGUAUUUGCAUUUAAAUAGGCAUAAUUUACCUCCAGCUAAAUUUAUAUCUAAAAGUUUACAUGAACUUAAACUAGGCACUUAUAUACCAAAUGUUCAAACAAUUACAAAUAAUACAACAAUUAUAGAAGCUUUAAAACUAUUUCUGAAAAAUCAAGUAUCAUGUCUACCAGUUGUCAAUGAUGAAGAUGGUCAACUUAUUGAAAUUUAUGCAAAAUUUGAUGUGAUUAAUUUGGCCAUUACACGAUCAUAUAACAAUUUGAAUGUUUGUGUAUAUGAUGCACUUGAAUUUCGUAGAUUAAAUCGAGAUCGUUAUCCAACUCCAUUGACAUGUUUAAAAACGGAUAGUUUACAAGAUGUUAUGGUGAAAAUUGUUGAAUCCGGUGUACAUCGUUUAAUUAUUGUUGAUGAGAAUAACAAAGUUGAAGGAAUUAUCUCAUUGUCAGAUAUAUUGAAAUUUCUUACAAAUUGGUCAACUGAUGAUAAUCAUCAUCAUAAUAAUAAUAAUACAUCAAAACGAAGAACUGAUCUUGUUCGAAUUAAAAAAUUCAUUACAAAUCCAUUGCGUAAUUCAUAUCAUCAAUAAAUAAAACUAGUUUGUAUGCAUCAUUCUUUCUCUUUCUCUGUAUUCCCCUUUUUCCCCAUGAAAUGUUAUCAGAUUGAUCAAUCAAUUUAACAAUGAAUGAUUAGAAUGAACAUAACAAUAACAAUCACUUGGAACUAAUUGACAGUUUUAUAGGUUAACAAUUAAAAUAACCAACUCAUUGUCUUGUUACAUUAGUGUUACUGCUGACACUAGUAACAUCGUUUUCAUUAUUAUUAUUAUUAUUACUAUUCGACUUAUUGUACUACUAUCAAUACUACUAAUCAUCUUUCUCUAAUAUCCUAUAGACGUAAUCACUUAUUCUUUAAAGAUUCCUAUUCUUUAAUUUGUAAUUUGUCAUUAGUUUUCUACUAUUCAAUUAUUUUUUUUUCAUUAUAAAAUGAAUUAUGAAAAUAAUCUUAUCAAUAGAAAUCAGUAUAUUUUUUUUCCAACUCCACUAAUCACUAUGUUCUCCACUCCUCCUCCUCCUCCUCCUCCUCCUCCUACUAUUACUCCACUCCUCAGUCAGUCAGUCAGCUACAACGUAGGACCAGGCACAUAUGUGCAUUGGUCCAGGUUGCCAUACCUCAUUAGCACAGCAAGAUGAACACCGGAUUCAUAGGAGUGGUUAGGUCAAAGGUGGUAAUAUAUAAGAGAAAGAUUGCAUAUAGAGAUAUAGUACAAGAAGAAAGAAUUGGUUCGUAGAAAGAAAGAUAUGAAGUGAUUUUAAUUUCUUAGUUUAACGGAAGACAGGGAGUGUAUACACCGACGCCAUUGUGAUCGAUUCUGAGCCAUGUCACCAAGAGUCUCCACUCCUCCUCGAUCCUAUAAAUACCAUUCAAUUUGCAUAAAUUACAAUUUUAUUCCUUAUCUCUUUAGUUGUGUACAUAAAUAAUUACUUUAUAUUAUGUUUUUUUAUUAUGUAUGUGAAUAUUAAAUGAUAAUUAUUUUAUAUUUCUCUCUAUAGAUCUUAUUCUAUUCUUUUAUUAGAAACAGAAACAAAAACUUAUUUGUGUAUGUGUGUGUGUGUGCCUGUGUCUGUAUCUGUGCCUAAUCUUCUGUACACAUUGUUUGUGAGAUAACAAAAUCUGUGUGUGUAUCCAUGCCCCCCCUUUUUUUUAAAUUAAUUUUAUUGAAACAUUAAAUAAGAACUUUUGUCUAAAUUUGAUUGAAUAGUUUCACAAUAUUUAAGCGCCAAGUUCAUGUGAGACAUUAAAGAGGAAGAAUAUUGUAUUUGUAGAAUCUCAAAAAAUGAAUUUUUUUUUUAAAAUAAAUCCAACAUUUCGCUUGGCAAUCUGGUUGUUAGCGGGACAUAGACUGGAUUAAAGCAUGGUCAAUGCACGCUUGCGUUGGCGCACACUGAGUGGCUGAUUCUUAUCCAAUCAGCGUUAGUCAAUACUUAGUGAACACUCUAGAAAUCUUCUCAUGUGAAAAACUAUAAAUAUACUAACGUUUUCUCUAUUGCGCUUCUUACUUCCAUCUAACCUUGUUAUUUGGAAUAUAAUCUCUUUUCAUGUUCAAUCGUGUUCUGAUUUGGGGGACUUGUCGAGUGAAUCAGUGUC